UUCUCGAACGCGGGGUGAACCGCGUGGUCGACAUUCGGUAGGUUACCAGCACCUGCACUUAGCGGUCUCUAAUAUUCUCGCGAAUAACUCACGCUCAUGUUAGAUGUGUACUCGACUCGCCAAAUAGCUAAUACACACGGUUUGGGGAGGUUAUACCUUCUGUGGUACUCUUUGACAUUGUUGUGGAUGGGAUCCAAUCAUUAUCGGGAGCUGAUGGAGCGAUUGAACAAAAGGCGUAUCUUAUAACCUGUUAUUUCAUACGGAAGUUCCUCUGUUAUAAUUCGUUGUCAUUGUUUUUCGCGGUGCAGUGCAGCUGAAGAUUACCGGAUGUGACUAGAAUUCACGAUAGAAUCAGUGUAAAUAUGGUAAUUGAAAACAGAAGAUGUCAAACGAUAGAUCGUGAAUAGGUGAUGCGGGUGUGGUGGGCGGUCGCACUUGAAUCGGUAGCACCAGCACUAGUCGAUCGGGGCAGCAAGAUGGUGAUCAGUGCAACGAACAAAAUGUUUUUGCUGACAUUUGUGCUGUUUAUUCUGUGCGUGGUGCUGUUUAUCGUUUUAGUAUCUCUGCGCAGGAACGAGAAAACCCUGCAGUGGGACAAUUUUAUACGACGCGGUCAGGCCCGAAGAACCGAUAACGGCGACACGAAUCACUGGUACUACGUGAUAAGGGAUCUCGACAAAAUCCAAACCCUGGCAGAUAUCCGCAAUAUUGAACGAUCGUCCCGCUUGGAGGUUACCCAUACCGGAUUCGUAGUGCACGGAAUAGACUAUGAAAUCGCAUUCGAUCGUGUGUCGUCAGUUGAUGGAAUACUCGAUCCGGCAAAAAGAGACGAAGACGAUUACAUCCUUACACUAGUCAAACAAAAAAUUUACCCUUGGGAUGUGAAACCCAAACCCGGUACUGUAAAGGGUUGAUGUCUAGGAGUGAAUCUUCCAGAGCCAGCGAAUUAAAUGUUGCAGUUACUAAGGUGUUCUUUAUCCGAUCAAACAAAAGAGUAGUACUUGACUGUAUACGCUUUUAUAGGUUACGCUUAACUUAGUGUGUAUUGUGAACAAUUAUCGGCCUAGAAGGUAGCCGAACAAAUGAUUUUAUUGUGUACAAAAUGUGAUACAACCGCAUACCUUAUUAGACUUACUAAAUCGACAAUAUCUGUAUUGUGAAAAUAAUAAACCCUUUUUAACGACCAAGA